UAUUAGUUUUAGAUUGACCUCAAAUUCACCCUACAAUAUGCAGUUCUGGCAUUAUUUUUUGCUGAAUAGUUAUGUCUCGAAUAACUGUUCCUGUUGUGAUGUAUAAAUGAUUUCCCUCGCAACGUUAAGUCUGCAAGUUUUUCUGCUGCUGUGCGAGUUUUAACUCUGCAGCGAUGUGCAAGCUGCUCAAGUAUUGCUUGAGCCACUUCCUUUACACUGCUAUGACCUGGCUGGACGAAGCCAACAAAGGAGUCAACAUGUGGUCAUGCAUUCGGUACCUCGGUUACCUGUCCAGCCUGAACUCCCUGGUGGCCAUUUGUCUGGGAAUUUACAUACAAUGGGAGAAAACCGCAGACACUAUCAUCUUGGUCAUCUUCAUUUUGGGCCUCUUUGUUCUUGGGAUUGCCUGCAUUCUCCACUAUUACUUCGGCAUGGAGAGCGUCAGCCUGUUUCUGCUGCAUCUGUGGUUUGGUUUCCUUCUGGGUUUGCUGUGCUUCAUCAACGUCCCGUCCAAAGAGCUCGAUGUUAAGGAGCAGGUGGCCAACUAUAUGUUAAUAGCAAGCAUUGUGAUACGAAUCCUAUGUGAUUUGGUUGGAAGAAUGUGCGGUUAUACCCGACAUCAACCCGCUUUUCUCACUACAAGGGAAGCUUUGGAGCUCACAGGGUUCGCUGUGGUCAGCACAACCCUGGUCAGCCAAAAAUCCAUUAGCCUUGUGGUCCUGACACUGGCUUUGGCCGCUCUAAUCGUGGAUUUACGCAUGAAGUCCUUCUUGGCGAUCCCAAACCUGGUCUGCUUCUCGUUUGUGGCUGCGUUCUUCUUCCAGGAGUCUUUAGGAGUGUCCACCAACCCCUUCGCCUUGUCUUACUUCUUCAGCCGCCUCAUCUGCGACCCGUUCCUGGACGUCUACUUCAGCGGACUUUCGGUGACCGAACGCUGGUCGCCGCUGCUGCUGAGAGGAGGCCUGUGGAGGCAUAUGAUGCUUCUUCCUCUGGUGGUCAUGGAGGUGAUGUUUUUGGUCGUGGCCGCUCUGAAGAUGAGAGAUCUGGAUCGGUGGUACCUGCUCAUCCCGGGUCUUUCGGGAGCUGCUGUUUUCUGGAUCAUCUGCCACCUGGUUGUUCUGGUCACGCUGUGGGGUUUUCACAGCAAGCUGAGUGACUGUCAGAGGAUGUGUAUGGUGCACACGUCAGAGGCUGGAGAGCUGGACAGGAUCAUGGCGUCGAAGGGGAUGAGGCACUUCUGUCUUAUAUCAAAACGCCUGGUGAUCUUCAGCCUGAUGUCCACCAUCAUACUCGGGGCUCUGGGUUGGCAGCCAUCCAACAGUCUGUUUAUUGGCUUGUUUCUGCUGGUGCUGCCUCUGGAGUCACUAGCCCAUGGGCUCUUCUAUGAGCUGGGAAACAGCCUCGGAGGCACCUGUGUCGGCUACGCUGUGGUGAUUCCUACCAACUAUUGCAGCCCGGAUGGUCAGCCCACCCUGCUGCCCCCGGCGCAUGUGCAGGAGCUCAACUUGCGUUCCACAGGGAUGCUUAACAACGUGCAGCGCUUCUUCUCUCAUCACAUGAUCGAGACCUACGGUUGUGAUUACUCCACGAGCGGCUUGAGUCUGGAAGCCCUGCAAGCCAAGCUCCGCAUAUUCAUGGAGGCGCACACUGCUGACGGCCCACGACACGACACCUACCUGCUCUAUUACAGCGGACACACCCACCGCAGCGGAGAGUGGGCUCUAGCAGCAGGAGACGUUUUACGUCUAGAUGAGAUCGUGCAGCUCUGGAGAGAAAAGAACGCCGGAUUCUUUUCCCGUCUCAUCAUUAUUCUCGACACCGACAACUCGCUCCCCUGGGUGAAGGAGGUGCAGAAAAUCGAGGGACUUUAUGUAGCAGUUCAAGGGGCAGUGCUUUCUAGUCCCACAGACCCAGAGGUCCAGGACGCACCCCAGCUCGGGGACUUCACCUGUCAGUGGGUUGAUUUUAACUGUAACCCUGACAGCAUAGUUCGGUGGUCUGAGCGUGGGCGGCCCGUCCGAGCAGCCUACGGCAUCUCCAGACACUGGAGCGACUACAAGCUUCACCUGCCCACUGAAAGCGACGUCACCAGGCACUGGAGACUCUACUUCCCACGCCUGACUUACCCUGUGGUUCAGCUCGCCCACUGGUGUGGCGGGUUGAACCUCUUUUGGGUUUGCGGAUACUGCAUUCGGUUGCUCCGAAGAAUCAAACUUUCAUGGUUCCCACCCGCGGUGCUGGAUACAGGCCAAGGUUUCAAGCUGGUUAAAUCGUAGAACUGGACCUAGAGUACUGUGAGCAGCUGUGUGUCUAUGCUGUAUCUGGACAUGGUUAGGUGAUGCUUAUGUACGGCAGCUUUAAGCUGAAUUGACCAGCACAGCAAUUCAUAAAAUCUCAGGUGUUCAUUUGUGACGGAAAAAAUAGCUAAAAUUGGGCCAACUUACUUACUAGAAUAUCAUAUUGGUCUCUACACAAAUUUGUUACUCAGCAAGGGUGAAUUUUGUGAAACCAAUCAACAUCUCUGGGUCAUAGAUCACCUCUAAAUCAAAAGAUAGAUGAACAUAAGAUAUUACAUUUUGCAUAAAGAAAUAAAACCUUUUUUUUUUAUGACAAUUAAGAAUAUUUUUUGGCAUUAUUGUAAUGAAAAG